CUUACACACGGAACCUUUAAGAUCUGUGCAAACAGACUCCAUAUUUCAAUGAUGCCUCUGAAAGUCGAAGCUGAGUAAAUAAACCUGCCUUAUUAAGUUUUAAUUUCCGUGUUUGGGCAGGUGUCUUUAAAUUAAUUGAUUAAGUGAUUACAUAAAAGUGUGUGUGUGUGUGUUUGUUUGUUUGUGUGUGUGCGUGUGUAGUAUUUGUGUGUGUGUGUGCGUGUGUGCAUUCAAUACUGUAUAUCAGCCACUGGAAAUUUAAUGUUUUGUCCAGUCCUGUUUAAACUUUUGUCUUGUAUUGUGCGCAUUUAAACUACUGACAUAAAGGCCUGAUGUCAGCUUUUGAUGUAAUUUUCUAGCACACAUUUUACCGUAGUAAAACUAAAAGCAAAGGAGGAGGUGGGGCUUGUGUUUCACUCACAGUGCAUAAAUAUGAGUGAAUAACAGUAAAGACACAAUCUUCAUACAUGAUACAGAAAGUUCACUUUCACUAUGUACCUGCAUUGCCUUGUGCUUUCCCUUGCAUUUGGUCGGGUGAGCGCCGCUGGUACCUGCUGUUAUAAGAGUAUUAUGGAAAAUCUUAAAUUGACCGAUGAUAACUUUCAGAUGAAGUCCAUAAGACCUGUGUAUGACUCAAAAACCCCUACCGAUGUUUAUGUGGACCUGUUUGUGACCUCCAUCACAGAUGUGAAUGAAAAAGCCCAAAGUAUUUCAACACAGGUGAUAUUUGAAGCUCUUUGGAAUAAUGAAUUCAUAGAGUGGAAACAAGAGGAUUUUUGCCAGACCUCUAAGAUUUCAUUGAAAAAAGAUACGAUUUGGAUUCCAGACAUUGUCAUCGCUGAAAGCAUCAAGACAGAGUUUGCAAAUGUGGAAAAUCCAUACGUGAAGAUGAAUUCUGAUGGUUCGGUGUACAUGUAUGAAACUCUAACUCUGAGCAGCGCUUGUAAGAUGGACUUGAUCAAUUUUCCCUUUGAUGUCCAAACCUGCAAUCUGACCAUUCAUUCUCCAAUGCAUUCAAGUGAUGAGCUUACACUCAAUCCAUGGUCUGAUUCAUUGUUCCUGACAUCCAGCUCCCAGAACGCCUUUCAAACUCAGGGCGAAUGGGAACUGCUCAGUAUAAACACAUCUAUAUCCCAUGUGAGUUCUCUGGGAUACUACGAGGAUCAGCUGAUAUAUAAGAUCACCCUGAAAAGGAGACCUCUACUGUACGUCAUCACCUUCAUAUCACCUGUGUUUUGCUUUCUUGUGUUGGAUUUGGCCUCUUACUUCAUCGAUGCGGGCGGAGGAGAGAAGCUGAGCUUUAAAGUCACUUUGCUGCUGUCCAUGUCUGUGUUGUUGCUCAUUCUUAAUGACAAGCUGCCAUCUACCGCCAAUGAAGUCCCAUGGAUUGGGGUCUAUUGCAGUUUGAUUUUCAUUCUCAUUGGCAUCAGCAUUCUAGAGACCAUCCUUGUGAAUUUUUUAAUGGCUAGAGGAGAGCAGAUUCUGAGAUCACAAGCACCCAUAGAUUCCACAUCUGCUGUCACUGAUGCUGUUAUGAACUCUGAUGAGAACCCAGCGGAGAGAAGAUGUCUGUACUGGACCAGAGCGGCCCGGAUAGUCGAUAUUAUUGCCGUGAUUCUUUACAUUAUCACCAUUAUGGUGUUUCUACCAAUCAUGUAUUAUGCUUGGUUCAUGGCAUCAGUGACAUAACAAGUGUGACAUCAUUCCUAAGAUGGUCAAGGCAUAACUUUUUUGCAUGGUUCAAAAUGAUCAUUUAAAAAAUAUUUUCUUUUUCGCUUAUACACAUAUGCUCUCUUAGGCUCAUCAAUGAACUGACUUUACAUGUAAACAAACACUGAAAUUUAAGCUUUAGAAAAUGAAAUGUUGUUUUAUUUAGUAUUAAGUAGUGCUUUUAAACUAUUAGG